AUGAUGGUAGAGCUAGGAAUUCAGUCUGUGGAAAUUCUAGGAGAUUCCAUGCUUGUACUAAAACAGAUUACUGGAGAAUACAAGUUUUUGAAUCCCUCCUUAGCUGUCUAUUUAGUGGCAGCCAUAAAUCUCCUGGCAGAAUUUAGAGAAGCCACUUGGGAACAUAUUCCAAGGGAAGAAAACCUUGCAGCUAAUGAGAUGGCCCAUAUAGCAACAGGGGUAUAG